GGAGAAGUGGAGAACCUGGUCCAGGCCGUUGGUUUUGAUCGCUGUACCAUUCUCCGGCCGGCGGUGCUGCUGUGCAAGCGGCAGGAGUCUCGCCCCAUGGAGUGGAUGGUCCAGAAGUUCCUGGGUGUUGUGGCUCAGGUCUUCCCCACCGCUUACUCCGUGCCUGUGGAGAUGGUGGCCAGGGCUAUGGUGGCCAGCGUGCUGCAGCCAGGCAAGGAGAAGGUGGAAGUGCUGGAGAACGAGGCCAUUCACGAUCUGGGAAAGGCAGUGCCACAGCAGAGCACGUAG